UGGCGCUUGUUUGUCACAUGAGACAGCAACAGGAAGUACAGUCGCUGUGAGUCUGUGAUGUUUUCAGUAACAUAUAAGUCAGUUGAUUAAAUUACAAAAUUAGAAUUUUACUUUUUGGAAACUUGUCUGUAUUUCUGUAGCUUCUGUUCAGUUCAACUAGAUAAAUGAGUUUUCGUGCUUUGUGGAUUAUUUAUCAAGAUAAAGGGGAAAAUGCUUCAGUGCGCUUUUCAAGGAGGUUUUCGACGGUGGAACACCGUGCAAAGAUACUAGCAGGCUCCUUGUAUGUAGCUGUUCCAGAGGACAGCACUGUGCUCAGACUCCUGCUUACUGAGCUCGGCCUGUCAGACCCACCUAAACCAUUCGUUCUUCUCAGAGAUGAUUGUCGGCGCUGCCCGCGUACACCUGUUUAUGAGCUGUGUGUGGACGGUCCUGGCCAGGGAACACUCUGGCCAGUGUUGGUCAUCACUCAUGGACCUCUCAUUCUAGCUUGCCUGUGUCUAGUGGACGUCCCCGCUGAGCCCAGGCCGCCUUUAACCAACCUGCUGUCUGUCUCACUGGGCAUCACAUUUCUGAAUGGAUUACAGAAUUUCCUCCUGGACUCAGGGGGUAAGGUUGAUAGUGAGGUCAUAGCCUCUCGUCUGGCAGUGCUGCCCUCUGUGCUCCUGCAUGUUUGCCCUUUUGGUAUGCCGCUAGAUGUGCCCUCUCUGGGGGUACUUGCUUCAUCUUCUGUGCCUGCUCCAGCUGGGAACCAGAAACAGCCAGUCUGGAAGACUGGUUUCCACAAAGGGCGUGCUGUCGUCAACAUAACACUGACUGAAACUGUGCGCUCGAUGCAAUAUGGUGACCCGAGUAGACAGGACAUGUGGGAUGUGUACGGCACAGUGAUGUGCAAAUGUGAAGUAGAGGGGGUGCUCCCAAAUGUGACAGUGACCCUCACGCUACCACCUAAUGGAUCACCACUGCAGGACAUCCUGGUGCAUCCCUGCGUCACCUCACUGGAUUCCAAUAUCUUAACAGCAUGCAGUGUUGAUAACGACGAUGGCUCAUCUUUCUCAGGACCUUACAAGUUUCCUUUCUCUCCACCUUUGGAGCCGUUUCGACUUUGUGGCUACACAUCGCAGGUCCCUGUUCCCCCUAUACUGGGGUCAUAUCAACUAAAGGAGGAGGAAAACCACUUUCUUGUGUCAGUGACUCUCAAACUUCAUGAAAGUGUAAAGAAUAGUUUUGAGUACUGUGAAGCACGCCUGCCUUUUUUUAACAGGCCUCAGAUGGGGUCUGUGGAUGUUAAAGUGGGCUCUGGACAACUGGAAGUUUCAAAGGAGAAGAACCUUCUUGUGUGGGUCCUGGGACAAAAGUUUCCUAAAUCUCGUGAGGUCACAAUGGAAGGCAGGAUUAGCUUUUCGGGGCUGGCAGCAGGACCGACUGACCCUCUUUGUACAGACCUCACCGCUUAUGUAAAAUUGUAUUUCAAAGUGCCUGACAUGACGCUCUCAGGAUGUUGUGUGGACCAGCACUCUGUGCAGGUGUAUUCUGCUGCCAAACCAAAGAUUACGACAUCUCGCGAAUUCCAAUCCAAAGACUACUUUAUAUGGAAUUCCACCGGCGCUGCUCCUGUCUCCCAGAUGUUGCUGUAGGAUGGACUCACAGGGGAGAAAAGUAUCUAUGUAUUAUACUUGUCCACAUUUGACUAUUUCAUAUAAAUUGUAAUCGGUUCCUCCUAGACCAGUGCUUACAAAAUGUAUGUAACAAGCAACAUCAUUUGGAGCUUUUGAGGAUUGAAAAGGACUGACGGGAAGUCGAUGAGGAUUGUUUAACUGGAAGAAAUAUUUGUUUGAGUUGAAUUACUUCCGGCCCAUGUCGGUCUUUCUUUAUGAAUCCCUCCCUCACAUUUAUCCCACUGCAGACACAAGGGCCACCCCUCGCUCUGACAGCCCCACUUCAGUGACUCUCCAUCAGCCGGAUAAUUAGCAGCUGGGGCCUUGUCAUCAGCUGUUGUGGGCCUGGAGGAGAGGGGGGGGGGCAGGCAAGGCCUUGAAAGGCUUGGCCGCCUUGGAUACUGUCUUGGCUACAAAAGGCAACUCUUUAGAGCUGGCAGGAGUCCUUGCCCCCACCCCCACUCCUUUUGACCCCAUCCCCGCCCUGUCAACUACCAAGUCGUAAAAACACACAACCUCUCCAACCAGGCUGUGAUUGAGCGCUGACCCUGUGGCCCUCCGAGACAUUAAAGCAGCCAGUCACAUUCAGCCGACAGGGCCUUGCUAAUUGGUAAAAGAGUCACAAGGAUGGAUGAGGUCUGGUUGCCUCUUGAGUUUCUGUAGGUGCACUAAGUCAAUUAGAGUGUCUGAUGUUUGUUGUAGCAACACAGUUGUCACAUUAGAGAUACAUUCUUUCUUAAUAUAAAGUUAUUUAGAGAUUACUAGUGAGAUUCUUUUUCUGCCCUUGAACAUAACAAGGCACCUACUUGCAAUAACUGCUAUGGAUAACCAGCCGAUGAAGAGUUAAAUCAACACAGCAUCCAGACUCCUCUGAGUGCCCCCAUUGUCUGACUGUUGGCCUCUUGUGCUCCUUGCUGGUCCAAAUGCUACAUUCUCACGUGGAUUUCCACUCACAAGGCUGACCAUGACCAAUCCCCUGUCAAUUGGAACCAAUUGCUCACACGGCAUCCUUCACCUUCUUUUUAAGUGUCCACGCCAAGCGGUGGGCACCGAGACCUCUCCACCCCCACCCUACACCGUGAUUUGGCUUUAAGGCCCAGUGUCUAUGGCUAGCCAACUGGAAAAAGAGAAGGUUUUCUUUUAAGAACUGGGACACUGAAUCUCCUUAGUGUCCUCAAUAUGAGGCCAGACUGGCUCCUCAAGUCUGCAGUCACCGACAUCAAGCUGGUCUAUUUGCUUUGUUUGAGGAAUAGCUUGUUUUAAUGUGGUACCUGCUCCAUUAUAUAUACGUAUGUAUGUAUGUGUGUGUAUAUAUAUAUAUAUA